AGCAGCAACCCCACAGAGGCCAGCCAAGGCUAUGCACAGCUGGUGCGCGCCGGACCCCUUAUUUACAUUUCAGGUGUCAGCGCGCUCGACAGCCACAGCGGCCGGAUGCCUGCGCACCUUGUGCUCGAGGCUGCUGGCCAGACGCGCGCAAUAAUGAGGCGGAUUCGACAGCUUCUCGAGACAGUCGGCUGCUCCGAAAAGAGCAUAGUACGCAUGAGGAUUUAUGUGGUCGACAUGGUCCGUGACUCGCGUCAGAUACAGCUGGCCAUGACGCAGUGGCUCAACGAAUCGGCUGAAGGCGCUGCCAUGAAGCCAGGAAUCACCAUUGUUGAGGUUCGUCGUCUGUCGUCGGAGCCUGUGCUGCUGGAGGUCGAAGUCGAUGCUGUG